UUGAAUCGCCACCAAACCUGGGACGUGGCUGUUGCAUCUCUAUUUCUCGAACCAUCUCAUCUGCAGCGCCUACUUCACAGAUCUCAAGUUUUUGUUAAGAAUCAUGAAACCCCUAAUUUUCCUGCUAAUUCAUGCUCUCGUCUUCUGUUAUGCACAAUCAAGAUCCAUCACCCCCCAUCUCUCAAAAUCAACACAACCCAGAAUGCGAGAAGCUGUUCGUUUACUGUAAGCAUUAGGACCAGUUGCUCGUCUACUCGAUUCACACGUGAUCAUAUCAGCCUUGCCUUCGGCGAUGCCUAUGGGACUCAGGUUUAUGCUCCACAUCUAGAUGAUCCGUCCUCAAGGACGUUUGAGAGUUGCUCGACUGACACGUUCCAAAUCAGUGGACCGUGUCAGUACCAGAUAUGCUACUUGUACCUCUACAGAAGUGGGUAUGAUGGAUGGAUCCCAUAUGAUGUAACAGUCUACGGGUAUAACUCGAAGCCCUCCACUUUCUUCUACAAUGUAAAUAUACCCUCGGAUAUCUGGUACGGCUAUAAUUACUGUUCCGGCACCAGAGCUACUUCAUCAGCAGCCAAGUAAACUUAGUUUUAGGUUGAUGCAUGGUUGUAUACCACGUCUAGAAUAAGAGGAUGUUGAUGUUGAUGUUGAUGAUGAUCACUUCUUUCUUCUACCUGAAUGAAUACCAACUUCGUUGGUCUUAUGUUUAAA